AUGGUCCGAGGGUCGAUGUGUUUCAAUUUCAUUUCAGCCCUUUGCUAGUGAAGUUCGUUCGCUACUACACUUGGUACGAGGUGAACAACAGUCGCACUAAGUAAACCGGGGCCGUCCCAGAAAGGAAGUGAAUCGGGUGUCGUUUUUUGACCUUUCUGCAAACGGUUGCUACCGAAUCAUUAGAAUUGCAACGUUUCAAAGCGUGUGUUCCCUUCGAGCCGUGGUGGUGGUGGGUUUGUAGUCGUGAUCUAAGUAAAUCUCCGGGGUGUAAGUUACUGUUCCGCUAGAUAGCAAUCCCCGUUAGAAUAUAUCGAGUUUAGCGGGUUCCGCCCAACAGGAAGAUAAGUGGAUUCUUGUGUGUGUGAAAGAGAGAGAGAGAGAGAGGGAGAGCGAAGAGAAGGAAGUUUAGUGUACGUAAGUGCAUGUGCAAUUUUAUUUCUCCAUCGUCACAGUGACGCGGCUGCUGUAAACCUUACACCAGACGUGUCAGGUCAGGUCGGUGGUUUUGCCGGUAUAGUAAUCAUCAUCGAAACGCAACUGCGCACCCCCUGUGCUAGUAGUCGCGAUGGAGCUGUUACUGAAGCUAGUUGCGCUGAUCCUCCGCGUGAUCAAUCUAGUGCUCGAACCGAUCUUGGCGUGGUUCGGUGGUCCUCCCCGUACGGAACCAUUUCCGGCGAUUCAAAACGAUCUCCUGCGGGUACCGGCUACGGAACUAGCGGAAAGGAUACGUCAGCGUCAGGUUCGCUCGGUGAAUGUUGUGCGUGCGUACGUAUUACGAAUUCGCGAAGUGAACCCGCUCAUAAAUGCGGUCGUUGAAGAACGUUUCGAGGCUGCUCUCGCUGAGGCAACGGAAGCGGAUGAGCAAGUGGCAGCGUGCGGGGGAGACGAACAGGCACUGAAGGUAUUGGCCACAACGCGCCCACUGCUCGGUGUACCGAUCACGGUGAAGGAAAGCUGUUCGGUUAAGGGACUUUCCCUCAGUGGCGGUGUUGUGCGACGUCAAAACUUGACGGCCGACGAGGAUGGUGUAGCGGUCGGAUACUUGCGAAAGGCGGGCGCCAUUCCAUUGCUUGUGUCCAACACGCCCGAAUACUGUAUGGCGUUCGAAUCGUACAACAAUGUGACCGGCAGGACGGUGAAUCCAUACGAUCCGCGCCGUACCUCGGCCGGUUCGUCCGGUGGCGAAGGUGCACUGAUCGGUGCUGGUGCAUCGGUGUGCGGUGUCGGAAGUGAUCUCGGUGGAUCGAUUCGUAUUCCAGCACUGUUCUGUGGCAUUUUCGGACACAAACCAUCGGCAGGAAUUGUAUCGAUUAAGGGACACAUGCCCGUCUGUGCCGAUGCUCACUUCGACCAAUACCUUUCGCUCGGGCCAAUGUGUCGCUAUGCCAAGGAUCUACCACUGCUGCUCGAGAUCAUGAGCGGUCCGAAUGCAACGAAACUUCGACUAAAUGAAUCGAUCGAUGUGGACAAGCUAAAGAUUUAUUACCCACAAAAGCUGGAUUUAACCGUUAAUGCCGUACCGAUUGCACCGGAAAUACGGGAAUCAUUGCGCAGCGCAUUGAAAUACUUCCAGAACAAGGGAACAUACACGGAACCGCUGAAUUUCCGGUACUUCUGUGACAGUAUGCAGAUAGCGUCGACCGCAUUACAAACGCUCAAGGAUGUACCGAGUGUCUUUGCGACUAAACAUCCUAAUCUGUUCUGGGAAUUGGUAAAGGUGGUAUUGCGCCAAUCGGAACAUACUUUCGCGACGAUCUUCAUGUAUCUGCUGUCUGCCUCAAAAGCUACCGUUAGCGAGAAGGACCGCGCCCGAUAUCUUCGAAUGGGGGAUGAACUGAAGCAAGAAUUCACGAACAAACUUGGAACAGACGGUGUAUUUCUGAUGCCAUCCUUCCCGAAGCCAGCCCUGCGCCACUGGGAAUCCUUUGGUCACGUCACAGGUUUUAUGUACACGAUGAUCAUCAAUGCGCUUGGAUUUCCUUCAACACAAGUACCACUCGGAUUUAAUCGGGAUGGAUUGCCAGUCGGUAUACAGGUGGUGGCUGGACCAAACCAGGAUCGAUUGUGCUUAGCGGUAGCUCAGGAGCUAGAAAAGGCAUUCGGUGGCUGGCAGUCACCAAAAUAGUCACCAAAAGCAGAACACAUACUGCAGGCUGUACAUUAGACUUAGGUGCAGGUGUUAUAGUGAAAAAAGGUCGAGAUAUGUCCGCGUGUAUUCUGACUGUAAGAGAAUGAGGAACCAACGAACGAAUGAAGAAAUGACAUCCGAUACCGUGUGCCUGCUUUCGACCGGAACAUUUCAGCUUUUUUGUUAUUUUUUUGUUUUGAGUGUGGCCAUUAAUGACGUGCAUGCGUAAAAGCACACAGAGUGUGUUGCUGGUUGUCUACUGUGCCAAAGUUAGUACCGAAAUAGUGGUGUUUUUGUCAGUCAAAUAAAACUAUUACUUAUUACGGAAUUGAAGAAACAUUUACCUUAA